UUUUACUGGCGCAAAACCACCAACACCUACGUGAUGUCACACGAGAGGGAAUUUUCAAAAACUGAAGAAGCUCACCGAACUUAAGGGGAAAGAUAAACAAAGGCAACAUAAAAAAAUGCAAAGACCUGUAAAGGGCAAAACUCCACGGAGGCCAGCCCUGAAGAAAACUUCCCACUCACAAAAAGACCCAGUUGGUGUAUACUGCCGUAUCCGCCCUUUAGGAGCUACAGAUGAGGAGUGUUGUAUUGAAAUGAUCAGCAGCACCACCAUUCAGCUGCAUGCUCCUGAUGGCAUCAAAGCCAACCGCAAUGGGGAAUACAAAGAGACUCAGUACUCCUUCAAAAAAGUGUUUGGGAUCCAAACCUCCCAAAUAGAGUUGUUUGAGGAUGUUGCCAAACCACUUGUGGAUGACCUCAUUCACUGCAAGAAUGGAUUGCUUUUCACUUAUGGCGUCACAGGCAGUGGAAAGACGUUUACCAUGACGGGCUCUCCAGGAGAAGGAGGUCUCCUCCCCCGCUCUCUGGACAUGCUGUUCAACAGCAUCGGUCCAUUACAGGCCAAGAGAUUUGUGUUUAGGACAGACGACAAGAAUGGCAUGGAGAUCCAAGGUCAGGUGGACGCUCUCCUGGAGAGACAGAAGAGAGAAUCAAAUCAACAGUCCACAGUGCCCAAAACACCGUCCUCAAAGCAAAAACCUGACCCAGAGUUCGCAGACAUGAUCAGUCCAGAGGAGGCUUGCAAAUGUGAGGGAGUUGACGAGGACAGCUGUUACAGUGUGUUUGUGUCCUACAUAGAAAUAUACAAUAACUACAUCUACGAUCUGCUGGAAGAAGCUCCAAUAGACCCCAUACGACACAAACCGCCUCAAUCAAAGAUUUUACGUGAGGACCAGAACCACAACAUGUAUGUGUCAGGAUGCACAGAGGUCGAGGUGAAGUCCACAGAGGAAGCCUUCGAAGUGUUUUGGCGGGGUCAAAAGAAAAGGAGGAUUGCCGAUACUCAGCUGAACCGCGAGUCCAGUCGCUCUCACAGUGUGUUUAUUGUCAAACUGGCACAAGCUCCGCUGGACGCAGAUGGAGACCACAUUCUACAGGACAAGAACCAGGUGACUGUUAGCCAGCUGUGUCUGGUGGACCUGGCAGGGAGUGAACGCACCAGCAGGACUAAAGCAGAGGGCAGCCGCCUCCGGGAAGCAGGCAACAUCAACCAGUCCCUGAUGACGUUACGCACCUGUAUAGAAGUCCUCAGAGAGAACCAGAUGUGUGGAACAAACCGGAUGGUUCCUUACAGAGACUCUAAAGUGACUCAUCUCUUCAAGAACUAUUUUGACGGUGAAGGGAAAGUCCGCAUGGUUGUGUGUGUCAACCCUAAAGCCGACGACUAUGAAGAAACCAUGUUGGUCAUGCGCUUUGCGGAGUUGACCCAGGAGGUUGAGGUGGCGCGGCCGGUGGACAGGCCCAUCUGCAGCCUGGCGGCGGGGCGGAGACACCGGAACCAGGCCUUCAGAGACGAGUUGUCACGACGCCAGGAGGAGCACCCUGGGGGACCCAGCAACACCGAGGAUGGCUCGGUGCUGAACCAGCUCCUGGACAGCCUCCCGGCCCUGCCUGCCUGUGAGUUGGUGGAUCCCACCGAUGAGCAGAUCCUGCCCCGCCUCAUAGAGGUGCUGGAGAAGAGGCACCGCAUCCGCCAGAUGAUCACUGAGCAGUACACCAGAACUGCCAACACGCUGAAAUCGAUGCUCCAGGAGUUUGAUGGCCACCUGAUGGCCAAGGAGAACUUCAUCCAUGAACAGCGGGGUAAACUAGGGGAGAAGGACAAGAUCAUGUUCAACCAGAAGAAUGAGAUGGAUCGGCUGGAGAAGAAAUCCAAGAUGCUGGAAUACAAGAUUGACAUUCUUCAGAAGACCACCAAUAUCUAUGAGGGGGACAAGCGGUCGCUGCAGCAGGAGCUGGAGAGCCGUGAGCAGAGGCUGCAGCGGGAGCUGUCGGAGAGGAAGCGCAUGGAGGCACGCAUGCAGGGCAUGGUGUCUGACACCAAACACCAGUGGGAGAAGGAGUGUGAGCGUCGUGUGAACGCCAAGCAGCUAGAGAUGCAGAACAAGCUGUGGGUGAAGGAUGAGAAGCUGAAGCAGCUGAAGGCCAUCGUAUCAGAGAGCAACAGCAGCGCCACCUCAGAGCAGCAGCGUCCCCCACCACCCCCAGACAAGCCCCAGAGGAACUCCCGGGAGAAGGACCAGCCUCGCGCCCCUGAGAAGAGAUCUCGCUCGCCACUGCCCGUCAGCACAGCUCAGUGCCAUCUCCUCCCACCCUCCUCCUCCGCUGGUAGUCUCUCAGUAGCCUCCGUCAUCUCUGAGUGGGAGCAGAGGUUCCCCAUAGGUAGGGACCCCCCCGGGACACCCGGAGCGUACGAAAGAACGACCCCAUACGGAAGCAGCAGUGUGGGCCGCAGGAGAGGCCAGCGAUGGGCCCCUGAGACAGAGGCCCCGGGCCCCAGCCACACGUUCGGGCUAGACCUAGAGUCAAGCUCAAGGACCACGGGGACACCGAUUCGCCCGCACCACAGACGCUCACACUCAGCGGGUGGGGAGCGAUGGGUAGAUCACAAACCACUCUCUAAUUUGGAUUUAGACAUGGUCAUGCAGCCAAUCAUACCCAAUGCAAUCAAGGUGUCAGCGGCCAGCGAGAAAGCUCUGUCUAAAUGCCACAAGUAUGUUCUCACGCAUCAGGAGCUUGCCUCCGAUGGGGAGAUUCAGACCAAACUGAUCAAGGGAGACGUGUUCAGAACGAGAGGUGGAGGACAAGCCGUGCAGUUCACAGACAUCGAAACGCUUAGACAGGAAUGCCCAACUGCUUCAAGUCGUAAGAGGAGGUCAUCGGGAGACGGACCAGGACAACAUGAUGGGAACAAGAUGGACUGGAACGACAGAGAGAACAGGCAGGCACCAGUGGCAAGCACAAGCUCAGGUCUUGGUCUCCAGAAUAGCUAUCAGAAACGCAGGAAGUAGCAACUGGACAGAUCAUCUUUUUCUAUGUUGGAAUCGUCUUGUGCAUUGGACUAGUGAACUAACCAUCACUUUAAACUAGGCAUCUUUUUUAAAAGUCAAGCUUUUUAUAUAACUGUUUUUCUAGACAAGUGAUGAUCAGGACCUGAGUGGUAUCUAAUCAUGACCGUAGCUUCAAAGGGACAUUUUCAAUUAGAUUUGUAUUAGAUGAUUUAGAGAUAAGAGAACUACAAGUUAUCACAUUGUAUAGCGUGUCAUUGUAUAGCUGACCACCUUCACCUAUGAUACUUUCCUUCCUUUUCAAACCCAAACACUAUUUAGAUGUAACUUCUUUUCUCUGUUUCAAGGUACUUGUUUUUGUUGUUGUUUAGACCUAUAUUCACACACACAAUCUGCAGAGAAUCAAUGGUUGAAAGCUGCUAGUGCAACGACCCCAAUGAUAUACUUUGCUAAAGCUGCCGGUCAGUCUCUGUCUGACUGCAAAUACAUGCGUUUUUGGAGGAAUGUACUAUUUAAAAACUGAAAAAAAUAAAUCAAGAAAUGAGUCUUA